AUGGACAAACUCAACGAGGCCUCCGCCGACAGCGUCAUGGCCAAGCCUGCCAGCGACCAGGUCCGCAAUGAUGGCACUGGCGUCGUCGCCCUCGACCCAUGGCUCGAGCCAUACUCAGCAGCCCUUCGAUCCCGUUUCAGCAAAGCCCAGAACUGGCUCAAGACCAUUGACAAGACAGAAGGCGGCAUAGAGAAGUUCUCUCGCGGCUAUGAGAAGUUCGGCUUCAAUGUCUCGCCGGACAACACCAUCGUCUACCGCGAAUGGGCGCCGUUCGCUCUGCGUGCCUACCUCAUCGGCGACUUCAAUGGCUGGAACAGAGACAGUCACGAGAUGCACCGCGAUCCUUACGGCGUGUGGGAAAUCAGUCUGCCGCCGAACAAUGGCCAGCCUGCAAUUCCCCACGACAGCAAGGUCAAGAUUAGCUUGGUGGUGCCCAACGAUCAGGCAAGACAAGAGAGGAUACCAGCCUGGAUAAAGCGUGUGACACAAGAUCUUUCCGUUUCGCCCGUCUAUGACGCGCGAUUCUGGAAUCCUCCACACAAAUACCAGUUCAAGAACCAACGUCCGCCGAAGCCGCAGAGCGCCAGAAUCUAUGAAGCUCAUGUCGGCAUCUCAAGCCCAGAGCCAAAGGUUGCCACGUACAAAGAGUUCACCCAAAACACGCUGCCUCGCAUUCGAGACCUUGGCUACAAUACCAUUCAACUCAUGGCCAUCAUGGAGCACGCCUACUACGCUUCCUUCGGAUACCAGAUCAACUCCUUCUUCGCCGCAUCAUCACGCUACGGCUUCCCAGACGACUUGAAAGAGCUGAUUGACACCGCACACGGCAUGGGUAUUACCGUGCUAUUGGACGUUGUACACUCACACGCCAGCAAGAACGUCUUGGACGGGCUGAACAUGUUCGACAACAGUGACCACCUCUACUUCCACGAAGGAGCACGCGGACGGCACGAGCUGUGGGACAGUCGGCUCUUCAACUACGGGCACCACGAAGUUCUGCGCUUCCUGUUGUCCAAUCUUCGAUUCUGGAUGGAAGAGUACGAAUUCGAUGGCUUCCGUUUCGACGGCGUCACGAGCAUGCUGUACACGCAUCACGGAAUCGGCACUGGCUUUUCUGGAGGCUACCACGAGUACUUUGGGCCAAGCGUCGACGAAGAUGGAGUCGUGUACCUGAUGCUCGCUAACGAAAUGCUGCACAACCUCUACCCCAGUUCUAUCACCAUUGCGGAAGACGUCAGUGGCAUGCCGGCGCUGUGCAUCAAGCUCAGCCUGGGCGGAAUAGGAUUCGACUACAGGCUGGCGAUGGCAGUGCCAGAUCUGUACAUUAAGUGGCUGAAAGAGAAGCAGGACAUCGACUGGGAUAUGGGUGCCCUCUGCUUCACUUUGACCAACAGACGUCAUGGCGAGAAGACGAUUGCAUACGCAGAGAGUCAUGACCAAGCCUUGGUCGGUGACAAGACGCUUCUGUUCUGGCUCUGUGACGCUGAGAUGUACACCAACAUGUCGACGCUCUCCGAAUUCACACCCGUGAUCGAGCGGGGUAUGGCUUUGCACAAGAUGAUUCGACUCAUUACGCACAGCCUUGGUGGUGAAGCGUACCUCAAUUUCGAAGGCAAUGAGUUUGGCCAUCCAGAAUGGUUGGACUUCCCGCGCGAGGGCAACAACAACAGCUUCCACUAUGCUCGCCGACAGUUCAACCUUGUGGAAGACAACCUCCUACGAUACCGGUUCCUGAACGAGUUCGACAAGGGCAUGCAGUGGACGGAAGAGAAGUAUGGCUGGCUGCACUCACCUCAAGCAUACAUCAGCUUGAAGCAUGAGGGCGACAAGGUGAUUGUGUUCGAGCGGGCUGGUCUGUUGUGGAUCUUCAAUUUCCACCCUUCGACCUCGUUCACAGACUACCGGGUUGGUGUCGAGGCAGCUGGUACCUACAGAGUUGUACUCAACACCGAUGAUUCGGCGUUUGGCGGUCUUGGACGGAUACAGAAUGAGACGCGUUUCUUCACGACCGACUUCGCGUGGAACGACCGCAAGAACUUCUUGCAAGUGUACAUUCCAACGAGGACCGCGAUGGUACUCGCCCUCGAGGAGACUCUCGAUCCCAACUGGAAGAGCCAAGUAUCGCUGGGCUAUUAG